AUCGAUUGCGCAAAUGUCAACUAAAUCGCCAUUUUAUUCGCGCCAUACUUUGUAAACACAUCUUAAUUUUAACAAAAUGGCAAAAGUUAACAUCGUCAACGUUGUAGUCCUUGAUAACCCAUCACCAUUUAUGAACCCUUUUCAGUUUGAAAUAACGUUUGAAGCUUUGGACAAUUUAAACGAAGACCUUGAAUGGAAGAUAAUUUAUGUUGGUGCUGCAGAGAGUGAGGAGUUCGACCAGACACUGGAGACCAUCCUGGUUGGGCCGGUCCCGUGUGGACGACACAAGUUUGUCUUUCAGGCGGGUCCCCCUGAGACUUCAAAGAUCCCCGUUGCAGAUGUGGUUGGUGUCACUGUGGUCCUGCUCACAUGUUCGUACCGGUCCAAGGAGUUUAUUCGGGUCGGCUACUAUGUGAACAACGAGUAUGAGGAACCGGAGAUGAAGGAAAACCCUCCAACCUCGCCACAGUAUGACAGACUACAAAGGAACAUACUAGCAACCAAUCCCAGGGUAACAAGGUUCAAGAUAGACUGGGAUGACAUUGUGAUGCCCGUCAACACAGAGAACGGGGAGAACAUCCCACCACCUGCAAGCCUCGAGUCAGAGUCCAACCAGAUGGGCAUGUCAGGCUCCCGACUCCUCGAGGAGACAAAGCAGGCCCAGGUUGUCCCCAGCAUUAACACUAAUGGCAUAGACAUGGAUGAAACAAGCAUCAGUAUGUCUUGAAAAUUAGUGUACAGUGAGAACUCCUUUGGGUGUAUUGUGUGCAAAGUGGAGAUGGUCAGUCAAAUAGGGCAAGCUCUUCCACCUUGGGGAUUGACUGGAAAUGUUGUUGAUAAAAUCUUCGGACAAAGACAUUGUUCAGGAAGAAAUGUCACAUGUUAAGAGCUUACUCAAACAAGAGUAAUCUAGACAGAAGAAGUGGGUGUGAAUUGUUUGGAAAUUACUCUGUUUAUGAGGAAUGCAUUGUAUCAGAGUUAUUUAUAAAUGGAGUUGUUGUUGUUGAUAGUCAAGUUUAAUUAAAAACACAUAAUGUAUAAAAAAAAUGGAACUACUGUGUUACAGUAGUAAUGAUAAUGAAUGGAAAAUAAAAUGAGUAACUGCUUUUUAAAAGGAACAAUGACAUUUCUUUAAUUCUAAUAAAAUUUGUUAAUUUGAAAUGAUAGACCACAUUAUGAUCGAUUUAUUUCACCUCCUUCAAAUGUUGUAUUCAAAACAAAAAUAAGUGAUUCACAUGCUAUUUAUUACUUAACUUUCAUUUAGCCUAUGUUGUUAUAAAUGUCUAUGUAUGGAUGAGCUAUUAUGUUCGUGUGGAUAUAAAUCCGUCUCCAAAAAUAUAUGUGUGAUGAUGACUACAUCACAGCUUCUGAUAUUUAUUUUAUUAGCUUGUUUUUUGUUGUUGUUUUUCAAAGAAGAUGAAAUUUUGGUAGUGAUUGUGUCAUGCAAAAACAUACCCCUUGACCACAACUCUUCAAAAAAUAUUGAAGAUAUUCAAAUAAAAUUUGGUACGCAUGUUGCUAAACACACUCCUGCAUGUAAAGUAAGGGGCCAACGCCCCUAACUCGAAGCUCUAAUAGUCAAGUAAUGCCUUCUGUUUGACUGUACAAUCAUCAACAACAAAUGAGCAUUGACAUUCACUCUACAGCCCUUUUAUUCUCUAACUUGGUUGAAAAAAGAUUGUAAUUAUUACUAAUAAUUACUUAUGGGUAAUGUUAUUUUUUGUUUGAGUAUGUUGUAUUGUGCCUGUUCAAUGUUGUAAAGGAACAAUUGUUACUACUCGGACAUUAUGGGCAAACAACUAAUCAUAAUAAUGUUUUCUAAAAAUGUGGUGUAAUUGGCCAUUCUUUAAAAGUGAGUAAUGUGUAAGAUUAUAGGGAAUUUCAAUGCAUUUCAACAUCCAAUUUCAUGUAUAUCUUAGCUGUGUGAAAAUAAGUAAAACAAUUUCUGAUUUAGCAACCUAGGAUUUUGUUAACAUUUUGAAUCUGGAUAUAUCUUCAAUAGAUUAUUAAUAUUUUUAAAAUGUGCAUGGCGAGGCUAUGGAAAAUAAACAGGAUGCGAUUUAACAAAAUUUAGCAGGUUGUAAAUCAACUACGCACAUAAGAAUCUAAUUGCAAUAUCCUUGUGUACAUGUACACACAUGUAUAUUUUUGCUCAAACCAAUCUUGAUAUAUGCUGGGUAAAUCAUCCCAACAAAAAACUGAAUAUUACUCUAUGUAUACUUUGUCUUGUUUUCAUUAUUUUAUGUUACUUUUAAGAAUGUUGUGUUUGUGUAUGGUGUUGCAUUGCAGUUAAAAAAGUAUUCAAUCGCAACACCAUGUUCGAUGUAUGUGCUUUGUCUAAUAGAUGGAUAGUGCUAUGUAUGAUAAACCAGGUUACACUUAACAAAUGUAUUUCAUUGUUCCAGCAAGAAUAGUGCAUGAUUUAUGUAUGAACAGACAGUUAGGUAUCAUGUGGACUCCAAAUAAACAUUCUUUUACAAUAAAAUGUAAAUGUU